AUGGCCUAUCCAUUCAGCCAACAUGCUAACAUCCUAAGUUUAGCAAGUGCUGUUAUACGUGACAGUGUAAUUGGUGACAAGAAACGCACCUUGAGUAACUUGAAAUCUUACCAACAAGCAGCACUGCGGUCAUCCAAAAUUCUUGUCAAAGAGGUUGAGAACAAGCUUAAGGAAUAUGGGGUGCUGGAACCUCCAAUCAAUUGGGAUGUGAUUGGCAGGCCUUUAGAGGAUGCAUUAUCAUACAAGAAUGAUAAUAAAACAUUGAUUGAAGUUGCAUCAUUAAUUGAGACAUUCUUGUUCAUGGUGAAACCUCCUGAUGAAUGGUUGCCGUACAUCAGGGCUGACAUAUCCUCAACAGAAGAUAGUCAACCAAUUGAACAAUCAAAGGCGUCAUCUGCGAAUACUUAUUCUUUAUUAGGUAUUGAAUGGAAUAUUUGGAGAGAUAUAGAACUUGGUGGGGGUUGUGGUGUUAGUGAUAGGCAUAAAAAGCCAACAAAUCCUAACAAUCACCGUGGUGUACUCACAACACUUUCAGUUUCAUCUCCUAGAUCUUGGAGUCGUAAUUUUGGUGCAUUGUGGAGAUCUACUUGGUAUUGGCUUCGAUCAUCUGAAAACAAUGCUCAAAUAUAUCCUCAUAGUGAUUCUAAAACUUCAUUGAAUUUUUUCGCAGAUUCUCCAGUCACUAUAUCUGAAAAAAAGCUGGAACAAAGUCGUGUGAAAUUCGCUCGCCUUACUUAUACUCCAAUUUGUACAGGAUGUUCGAAAUGUUGGGAGAAGAAGUUAAUGAGUUAUAAAGAAUCUGGUGUCGAAGUAAAUAUAAAGAAAUCAUCAUCUCUAUCAGGAAGAAUAUUUGGAUUCUCACUAAGCAGUAAUAAUAACAAAUCAAAUAUUGAUGAAGUGAAAAGUAUAGAAAUUCAACAACAAAUCAAAGCUAAGAGUUCCAUAGACAAUCCUGCAUGUGGAGAACUAAAGGAAUUAAUCGUUGAAAAGGCUUCUGGAUUCACAAUCACUCCAGAAGGAGUAAGUCUGUGUAUGGCAGUAAAUUUAUGA